UGAGUUGUUUGUCGUUGCUCCUUUUGUUUGGCCAUGCAAUAUACUCUAUGCUAAGCAUGUAUACUUUCAUAUAAUGUAGAUUUUCACUGUGUCUUAGUAAAUUGUCUCCCUGUUCAUGUCAUGUAUGUUAUCUGCUUAAUGCUAGGCGCAAAAAAGGUCGAUUUUAUUUACCCCCGUCUACAUUCGGUGAAUACUGGACAUGACUUGGACUUCAAAACACCACAUGUAUUUCACAUUAUAACCACCUAUUUAUGGGACAAAAGUGUAUGAUGUGUUCUUUACAUAUACAGCAUUUUCUGCUUAAUUGGGGCCAGAUUUUAGGUUUUUAUUUUACAGUUAAGAUCAUGAGUUUAAAACCAAUUGUGGUAUUUUUGGGAAAUUCUUUUCAGAGUAAUAACAAUGUCACAAACCCAAAAUACCAACACGAAGAAGAACUGCUGAAGUUCCGGCACGUGAUGGACAAAUCCAUAAUUUAUGGUAAAAGAAAGAACCCAACUGACACUAAUCUGAGGACUUGUCCAGACCCAUAACCAUAACAUCUUUCUAUCUGAGAGGUUUUUUUAUUGGCAGACCAGCUGCUCAACCCUCUCAAUAUGGACCUCAAUGAUUAUGAGCCCAAAAGGGCAGAUGAUUCCAUUACCAGAACUGUUGACCUCUCCCAUCUACCCUACCCUAUUGCUCAACCUGUCCCUACCAAACCUCUACCACACAAAUAUAUCCCAGAGAUGAUUGAUCUCAACAAGCUUCAGUUUCAUAGAGUCCUGGGCAGAUACGAUACAGUGCAGGUCAAACAAGAAACAGUGAAACCCAUGCCAAUAUGGCCUUCAUCCCCUCUUCUCCUGCACCCUCCUUCUCCAUACUUCCCACCCCUCCGCCCAAGCUUGGUCCCUUUCCCGUUCCUGAUGCCAGGCCCAGUCAUGCACCUUUCUCCCAAUUCCUUCUACCAACGUGAGGUGCCAAGAUACUACAGAAGAACCGCGGAUGGCUCCAGAGCUGGGCUGAGCAGUGCUGAGAAGUUUGGCCUGAACAUCCACAUAGAUGACAGCUACUAUGUGGAUGUAGGAGGUGAACAGAAACGCUGGAAGUGCCGAAUGUGUGAGAAGUCCUACACUUCUAAGUACAAUCUUGUUACGCACAUCCUGGGCCACAGUGGCAUCAAGCCACAUGGCUGUGGCCUCUGUGGGAAGCUUUUCAAGCAGCUGAGCCACCUGCACACACACAUGCUCACCCACCAAGGUGCCCGUCCCCAUAAGUGCCAGGUGUGCCACAAGGCAUUCACUCAGACAAGUCACCUGAAGAGACAUAUGAUGCAACACAGUGAUAUCAAACCAUACAGUUGCAGUGUGUGUGCUCGAGGCUUCGCCUAUCCCAGUGAGCUUAAGGCUCACGAGCUUAAGCAUGAGAGGGGCCAAGAAAAUGUGUGUGUUGAGUGUGGCCUCGACUUUCCAACACUUGCGCAGCUGAAACGACAUCUGACAGUCCACCGUGGACCAGCACAGUACAACUGCAGCGAGUGUGGCAAGAGCUUCCAGUACCCAAGUCAGCUGCAAAACCACAUGAUGAAGCACAAGGACAUACGGCCAUUCAUCUGUAGUGAGUGUGGUAUGGAGUUUGUGCAGUCCCAUCACCUCAAGCAGCACACCCUUACCCACAAGGGAGUGAAGGAGCAUAAGUGCCGCAUCUGUGGCCGUGAGUUUACCCUGCUGGCUAACAUGAAGCGCCACAUUUUAAUCCACACCAACAUCCGAGCCUACCAGUGCCACCUGUGCUACAAGAGCUUUGUCCAGAAGCAGACACUCAAGGCCCACAUGAUUGUCCACUCAGACAUCAAGCCUUACAAAUGCAAGCUAUGUGGGAAGGAGUUCAACAGAAUGCAUAAUCUGAUGGGACACAUGCACUUGCACUCAGACAGCAAACCUUUCAAGUGCCUGUACUGCCCCAGCAAGUUCACUCUGAAAGGGAAUCUGACCCGGCACAUGAAGGUCAAACACGGCAUCAUGGACCGAGGACUAGAUGCACGAGUAUUCAGGCGCAGAGGACGGUUAUGUCUUUCCAGCCCUCUCCGUCUCCUGUCUCGCUUCAGUCAGGACAAGCCUUUCGAUCUGUCCCAGAAGAGCCAUCCCCAACUCCGUCUUUCUCAGUCAGAUGGUGAGAGCCGUGAGGAAGAUGAGGACAGCUUGUACAGGAUGAGCCAGUACAGCCCUGACCGUUACCAGACAGAACUGGGAGGAGCCAGAGAGGCAGACGAUGAAGAUGAGGAGGAAGAGGAUGGGAUGAUCCAUGAAGAAGAAGAGGAGAGGAGUGGAAAGCAGUUCAACUUGAGCAAAGAGGAGCUCCAGUGCAUACGUUACAGGGAGAGUCAGCAAGGCUCAGUCUCUGAUGGAGAGCUCUACUGUAGUCGAACAUAUCGGGAUAGAAAAUUAAGCUGUGAAUGAAGUCUUAUAAAGAUAUCCUUAAAAUGUCUUUUGGAAAAGAAAAAAAGUGAAAUAAAUCUGUGAAACAGUCUUCAUUUCCAGUAGUGUUGUAGCAUGAAUGAAUUUGCUAAUAACAGCAUAUUAUUUAAAGUAAUUAAUAUAAUUGUUUCCCCAAAUGUUACUUAAUACAUAAUCUCUAACAGUGUGCAUGCUUUAACCUAUUGUAUAGUUUGUAAGAAGGAGAUUUACAAUUAAUAAAGAACAUGAUUUCAGAAAUGACUGAUAAAUCAAUGUUUUAUGUACUGAUAUUUUCAUAACAUUUGAUAACGUUUUUUGAGAAAUAACAUGUAAAUAAUUCUAAAAGGAAGUUGCUGUGAUUGUGUUUUUUUCUGUGAUGUGUGAAUCCUAAUCUGUAUUUA